GCGCGCGGCUGGCUGGCCAGCCAAACCAGAGAAUCCAGUCCAUUCUGAGCAGCUCCCGAUUACGGAGUAGCGCCAAGCGAUCUGUGGUGCUACACGACGUGUGCCGCCUCGGGCCUCGUCAAUACCUGAUUACUUAUCUCUUCUCUCGCACACGGGGCUCAAAGCCGAAACGAAGGGGCCCAGUCUUUUCCCGUUCGCGAGCGGUAAUUAGGACCAGUGUGGCACAGUUGGCGGUUCUCCUCCUCCUCGCUCUAGCAAAAUAAUAAAUAGAGACAGAGAGAGACCAUGUCGGCCGCGGAGACACCGCUCACCCGCACCACGCUCCCGAGCCCCGUGCUCCGCACCGCCGCCGUGCUCGCCUUCCUCCCCUCCCUGCCCUUGUGCAUCACCCACGGCGCGCUCUCCAGCGAGCUCGUCCCGGCCCUCGGCCUCGUCCCGCUCAGCUUCUCGGCCGGCGUGUCGCUCUUCCUGCUGCUUCGCUCUCGGCGCCGAGGCACUGGGAAGGGGAAGCGGCGGAGCGGCGAGCGGGGGGAUCUGGAAGGGCUGGUUGGUGCGGCCGACGCUUCUGCUUCUGCUUCUGCGGCGGCGGCGGCGGCGGAGGAGGAGGGGGAGAGUGAAGGCGAGGAGGGUCGGGAGGGAGCCGUAGCCGUGGCGCAUGACGGCGAUGUUGACGAAGGGGGUGAUCGGGGCGACGGCGAGUCGGUGCUGACGCAUCGGAUCCUGGUGUUUGUGGUGGAUCUGGUCCUCGCUGCCGCGCUGUUGGCCGUGCUCGUGUUUACGUGGAUUCGGACGGGGACGGCGGGGGACAGGCGCCCGGAGCUGGCAAUGCUCGCGGCCUACAGUACCAUGCCAUUGCUGGUUAAUUUCUCCAUUCAUUCAUUUCUGGCGGUGCGCGAAUUCGUCGCUGGCUUGGCUAUCCCGAGCUUGGUCGAGUACACGGCAUGGCGCCUUGUGCCCCCUAACUGCCCGCAUUGCGGCAGUCGGCUGCGGCCGGACACGGUACCGCCUAUCCCGUGGUAUGAGACUGUUUCCAGGCCGAAGGUCUCCCUUCCACGCAUCAACACGGCCUCGAUUUCUCGCCCAUCCCUGCCGGCUUUUCGCAUGCCCAAGUUCUCUGGAUUGAAGGGCCCUCGCGAGUGGAAGGUCCCGAAGUGGAUGAGAGGCCGGGGUCAGGAUGCCAGCCUGUUUGUGGACGACGAACAACAUUACCGUGACCAAUAUAGCGAUGACCCCGACGCGCCCUUUGACGCGCCAUCCGGCCGUACCACGGUGGUAGCUACAGGGUCCGCACGCCCUGCUCCGGUGGAGGAAGUCGUGGUGGGGAAGCGGGAGAGGAGGGAUGUCAUUGUCGGGAGCGAGGCGUGGGCCAUAAAUGAAGAUGACCAUGUGCGGACCUGAAAUGGGAACUCACGGUCGCGUUUGCUGGUAUCCUAAUUAGGGCCCGCUUGUGCCAAGAUCUCUCCUUCAAAGUCAAGCCUGAUGAUUUGGUUCGAGCG